AUAAAUAAAUAAAAUGAGGUGACAAAAGAUUGUAGAUUCAACAAUACCUAACAUAAUCUUAAUGUGGAAGCUUUAGAGUUUCAAGUGGAAGGGAGUACUUGAAUUUGACUGAGCCAACCCUAAACCCCAGCUAAACCCGCUCAACCCCAACGACUCAUCACACUCUUAUCCACCGUUCAGCUCCAUCUCACACCACAACCACCAAUCACAAGGCACCAUUUCGCUGACUGCAGUGGGACCACAUUAAUUCUAUCUCCAAAACAAUGGCAAUUCUGUCUCGAAGAGUCAAAUUUCCACCACGUGUCACCAAUUAAUCCAUCGCCGUUACCAGCAUAGCAGUCUCCGAAACAUCAUAACAUUUCCUCUUCGUCCCCGUUCCCGUCCCCAUCCCCCUUCUUCCGUUUUCACCACCUCACAGAAAAGUGAGAAUCUCUCUCUCUCUCUCUCUCUCUCUCUCUCUAGCCAUGGCGACUCGCCGUCUUCUGAAUCUUUCUCGGAUGUCCAACAAACCCUCAACCUUUACUUCGCACUCUCGAUCCACCUCGCAAUCGUCGGCGGUUGCUGGACAAAUCUCCUCGCCGGCGUCGAGGUCCCCGCCGGUGAUGCUCUACGAUCGCCUUUCAGAAGAGGUCAAAUUCAAGCUCCGCCGCCUCGAAAACCCCGACCAGCGCUUCCUCCGCCACGCUUCUCCACACCCAGCCGUCGCCGACCACUCUGCGAUCCUCUCCUCCCCUGAGACGCGCAUCACCACUCUUCCCAACGGCCUCCGCGUCGCCACCGAGUCCGACCUAGCCGCCCGCACCGCCACCGUCGGCGUGUGGAUCGACUCUGGCAGUCGGUUCGAGGGCGACGACGCCAACGGCGCGGCACACUUUCUGGAGAGCGUGAUUUUCCAGGGCACGGAGAAGAAGCCGGCGGUCGGGAAUGUGGGAGGGCAAUUGAACGCGUGCACGUGCAGGGAGCAAACGAACUACUGCGCCACUGUGAUGGGAAAAGACGCGCCGAAGGCCGUGGACGCACUCGCCGGUAUGCUGCAGAAUUCGAGCUUUGAGCAGAAACAGAUUGAUCGCCUGCGCCGUCUCAUUCUUCGCAGAGCGGAAGAUGUGGAGGGGCGCGCUAAAGAAGUUGUGUUUGACCAUUUACAUGCCACAGCCUUCCAACAUACCCCUCUGGGUAGAACCAUUCUGGGUACUGCCGAAAGCAUCCAAACAAUCACCAAAGCUCACAUUCAGAAUUACGUUUCAACCCAUUAUGCUGCUCACAGAAUGGUUGUUGUUGCUGCAGGAGCUGUUAAGCACGAGGAGAUAGUCGAGCGAGUGAAACAGCAGUUCACAAAGUUGUCAGCUAAUCCCGUGACUACUACUCAGUUGGUCUCAAAUGAACCAGCAGUUUUUACUGGCUCAGAGGUUAGGAUAAUCGACGAUUAUGAUCAUAUAGCUCGAUUGGCAGUUGCAUUCAAGGGAGCAUCAUGGACAGAUCCAGAUUCCAUUGCUUUGAUGGUGAUGCAACACUUGCUGGGUUCAUGGAACAAAAAUGGUCUAGGGGGAAAGCAUGUGGGCUCGUCGCUGGGGCAGAGGGUUGGCAUUACUGGGAUAGCUGAAAGCAUGACGGCUUUUAACACCCAAUACAAGGAUACAGGGCUGUUUGGUGUCUAUGCAGUGGCCAAGCCAGACUGCUUGGAUGAUUUAGUUUAUGCAAUAAUGUAUGAGAUGAGCAAGCUAUCUUACAGAGUUGCAGAUGAAGAUGUGAUUCGGGCUCAAAAUCAGCUAAAAUCUUCUCUGCUUCGUAACGUUGAUGGAACCAGGCCUACCGCUGAAGACAUCGGACGUCAGCUACUUGCAUAUGGGCGGAGAAUCCCAUUUGCUGAACUAUUUGCAAGGAUUGAUGCUGUGGAUGCUGCCACUGUCAAACGUGUUGCUAAUCGCUUUCUGUUCGACACGGAUGUGGCAUUUGCAGCCAUGGGAGCCGUCAGGGAUUUGCGCGACUACAACUGGUUCCGGCGCAGGACCUACUUGCUGCGUUAUUAGGAUGGUUCAUUCUUCACUUGUUUUUCUCUGUUCAUUUUUUUUGGGCCUCUCCCAGAACCAGAAGAUUGUUUUCCUUCAUAUUCCAAUCAGUGGUAUUUAUUCUUUUAUUUUUUCUUAUUUUUAGUUCAUGGGUUAAUUAACAAUCUUGUAAUGUAAUAUCUUUUUGAAUAUUGGCUAACACAUAAUCCAUUCUUUUCUUUAUUUUUU